UGUGUGACAGGAACAGAAGCGGUGACGUUUCAUGACAGCCUCGCCGCCCCAACAGUGCAUUCUGGGUCCAACCCAAGAUGGCUGCGCCCUUGCUGAAGUGCUGAAGAAGUGCCUCUCCGGAGAAGUAUUCGGGAUUGUGUGUGUUUCCCGCGAAAACCAAAGCACCAAAUCAGCUACCAGGGUCGCUGGUUUGUAGAGGAACACCAUACGACCCCAGUCAUCGAUAAGUGUGGCCGGUGCCUCGUGUGGCUGUGGCAGACUGUCCGUGUGAAGAUGGGCCUCGUCUCCAGCCCCUUCCCAUAGCGAAGAGCCGUGGGGAGAGGAGCCGCAGAUUCCCCUGCAAACACGCACCCGUCCAACUUGGAUUUGACGGGUUUGACAUUCUAUACAGGCUGUGGACGCUGCCCUACAAUUUUUUGACCAGGAUUAUUUGUGCGACCGUAUCUGUCAUCGUUCGCAGACGGAGAGGUUCCUCAGCCCGGGUUGAUAAUCCCACCGCACCAAGGGCCCUGAUGAAAAUGGACUCAGACUUGCUUCAUUCGCCGGCCGUGGGCCUCGCAGAGGAAGAGGAGGCCGACAUGAAUGACUGGAAACUUCCGCUGGCCUUCAUGAAGAAACGCCAUUCGGAGAAGAUUGAAGGCUCCAAGGCCCUAGCACAGAGCUGGAGGAUGAAGGACAGGAUGAAGACUGUGAGUGUAGCGCUGGUGUUGUGUCUCAACGUGGGAGUGGACCCCCCUGAUGUUGUCAAGACGUCCCCCUGCGCCAGACUAGAGUGCUGGAUAGAUCCUCUGUCGAUGAGUCCACAGAAAGCCUUGGAGACUAUCGGGGCCAACCUGCAGAAGCAAUAUGAAAACUGGCAACCCAGGGCACGAUACAAGCAGAGUCUGGACCCCACAGUGGACGAGGUGAAGAAGCUGUGCACGUCGCUGAGACGUAACGCUAAAGAGGAGCGAGUCCUCUUCCACUACAACGGUCACGGGGUGCCUCGACCCACCGUCAACGGAGAGAUCUGGGUCUUUAAUAAGAACUACACCCAGUACAUCCCGCUGUCCAUCUACGACCUGCAGACGUGGAUGGGGAGCCCUUCCAUUUUUGUCUAUGACUGCUCCAAUGCGGGCAUCAUUGUCAAGUCAUUUAAACAGUUCGCCCUGCAGAGAGAGCAGGAGCUGGAGGUGGCAGCCAUCAAUCCCAGCCACCCGCUUGCCCAGAUGCCUCUGCCGCCCUCAAUGAAGAACUGCAUCCAGCUGGCUGCCUGCGAGGCCAGCGAGCUGCUGCCCAUGAACCCCGACCUCCCCGCUGACCUCUUCACCUCCUGCCUCACCACGCCCAUCAAGAUCGCCCUCCGAUGGUUUUGUAUGCAGAAGAGUGCCAAGUUGGUGCCUGGGGUGACGUUAGACCUCAUCGAGAAGAUCCCUGGCAGGCUCAACGACAGACGCACUCCUCUCGGAGAGCUCAACUGGAUCUUCACGGCCAUCACCGACACCAUCGCCUGGAAUGUGCUGCCUAGAGAUCUGUUCCAGAAGUUGUUUCGUCAGGACCUGCUGGUGGCCAGCUUGUUCCGCAAUUUCCUGUUAGCAGAGAGGAUAAUGAGGUCGUACAACUGCACGCCGGUCAGCAGUCCUCGUCUGCCCCCUACAUACAUGCACGCCAUGUGGCAAGCAUGGGACCUUGCUGUGGACAUCUGCCUCUCUCAGCUGCCUACCAUCAUUGAGGAGGGCACCGCCUUCAGAUCACUCAGAGGAGCUCAAGGCAGGUGGUGGACUGCAGAGGUGCCGGCACACUGGAGCGGAGUCACGGACAGGUCUUUACACAGGAGGUCGCUAAAGACAGAGGAAGAUGAACACAGUCCUUUCUUUGCGGAGCAGCUGACGGCAUUUCAGGUGUGGUUGACGAUGGGUGUGGAGAACAGAAACCCUCCUGAGCAGCUGCCGAUCGUACUGCAGGUCCUCCUCAGUCAGGUGCAUCGGCUGCGGGCUCUAGACCUGCUGGGGCGCUUCCUGGAUCUGGGUCCAUGGGCUGUCAGCCUGGCGCUGUCUGUGGGGAUCUUCCCCUACGUGUUAAAGCUGCUACAGAGUUCAGCCAGAGAACUGCGGCCACUGUUGGUGUUCAUCUGGGCUAAGAUCCUUGCUGUGGACAGUUCAUGUCAAGCUGACCUGGUGAAAGACAAUGGACAUAAGUACUUCCUGUCUGUGCUGGCCGACAGUUACAUGCCAGCUGAGCAUCGAACCAUGGCUGUGUUUAUAUUGGCUGUCAUCGUCAACAGCUACAACACAGGACAGGAGGCCUGUCUGCAGGGCAACCUAAUAGCCAACUGCCUGGAGCAGCUGUCAGACCCCCACCCUUUGCUCCGCCAGUGGGUGGCCAUUUGCCUGGGCCGCAUCUGGCAGAACUUCGACCCGGCGCGCUGGUGUGGAGUUCGGGACAGCGCCCAUGAGAAGCUCUACACUCUGUUGUCGGAUCCAAUUCCUGAGGUGAGGUGUGCAGCUGUUUUCGCUCUCGGGACAUUUGUGGGGAACUCUGCUGAGAGGACGGACCACUCCACCACCAUCGACCACAACGUGGCCAUGAUGUUGGCCCAGCUCAUCAAUGAUGGCAGCCCUGUGGUCCGCAAGGAGCUGGUCGUAGCACUGAGUCACCUGGUGGUCCAGUAUGAGAGCAACUUUUGUACAGUUGCCCUCCAGUUUAUAGAGGAAGAGAAGAACUACACAGUGCCGUCACCAGCCAACACUGCAGAGCCCGGUAACCUGACUCCAGUGAGGGACAGCCCUGCCAUCCCACGCCUGCGAUCAGUCAACUCCUACACCAACAUCCGAGCUGCCACGACUGCCCGCAACCUGAACAAAAGCCUGCAGAACCUCAACCUCAAUGAAGAGGGUGGGCCAGCCGCUUUCUCUCCUGGUAACCUGAGCACCAGCAGCAGCGCCAGCAGCACCCUGGGGAGCCCAGACAACGACGAGUACAUCCUCUCUUUCGAGACCAUCGACAAAAUGCGACGGGUGUCCUCCUAUUCCUCCCUCAACUCCCUCAUAGGUGUGUCCUUCAACAGUGUUUACACUCAGAUCUGGAGGGUGCUGCUACAUCUCGCUGCUGACCCUUUCCCUGAAGUGUCAGAUCUGGCCAUGAAGGUCCUCAACAGCAUUGCAUAUAAGGCAACGAUGAACGCUCGGCCUCAGAGGAUCCUGGACUCUGGAUCUCUCACCCAGUCAGCCCCAGCCAGCCCCACCAGCAAGGGCACGCACAUCCACCAGGCUGGUGGCUCUCCUCCCAUGCCGAGCACCAGCAGCUCCAGUCUGACCAACGAGGUACCCAAGCCCCCCGCCAGAGAGCAGACGUCCACACGGCCACCUUACACCCCUACACUGGGAGGACAGGCACCCCACUCCCACCAGUUCCCCCGCACUCGCAAGAUGUUUGACAAGGGACCUGAGCAGGCAGGUGAGGAUGGUGAUGAGCCGGGUGGUCACAGGAACUACAUCUGUCCCGCCCUUCAAACAGGCCUUUGUGAUUGGAGUGCCAAGUAUUUUGCUCAGCCUGUCAUGAAGAUCCCAGAGGAGCAUGACCUGGAGAGUCAGGUGAGGAUGGAGCGGCAGUGGAGGUUCCUGAGGAACACGCGUGUGAGAAGGCAGAGCCGAGGCAUCACACAAAGAGGUGUCUCCCGUCUGGAUGAUCAAAUAUUCAUCAACCGAAACCCUGGAGUACCGUCUGUUGUGAAGUUCCACCCCUUCAACACCUGCAUCGCUGUGGCCGACAAGGACAGCAUCUGUUUCUGGGACUGGGAGAAAGGCGAGAGACUGGACUACUUCUAUAACGGAAACCCUCGUUACACGCGCAUCACAGCCAUGGAGUACCUGAACGGACACGACUGUUCAUUACUGCUCACCGCAACAGACGACGGGGCAUUGCGUAUCUGGAAGAACUUUGCCGACCAGAAGAACCCAGAGAUGGUGACGGCAUGGCAGGGCCUUUCCGACAUGCUGCCCACUACCAGAGGUCAGCCCUCCUCCAGCGCUCACAGUCUGGCCAGAAGGGUCUCCAUCUAUCUUGACAGGAGUAAGCAAGGAGGUGCAGGUAUGGUGGUGGACUGGGAGCAGGAGACGGGCCUCCUCAUGACGUCUGGAGAUGUCCGAGUCAUCAGGAUCUGGGACACUGACAGAGAGAUGAAGGUCCAGGACAUCCCGACAGGAGCGGACAGCUGUGUGACCAGCCUGUCCUGUGACUCCCAGCGCUCGCUCAUCGUUGCCGGCCUGGGUGACGGAUCUGUUCGUGUGUUCGACAGGAGGAUGGGUCCAAAUGAAUGCCGGGUGAUGACCUACAGGGAGCAUGGUGCCUGGGUAGUCAAAGCUCAUCUACAGAAGGAGACAGACGGACACAUCAUCAGCGUCAGUGUUAACGGAGACGUUCGUUUCUUUGAACCACGGACUCCAGACUCCAUCAACGUGCUGCAGACAGUGAAGGGGUUGACCGCCCUGGACAUCCACCCGCAGGCCAACCUGUUUGCCUGUGGAUCAAUGAACCAGUUCAUAGCCGUCUACAAUGCUAACGGCGAUGUGAUCAGCAACAUAAAGUACUAUGACGGCUUCAUGGGACAAAGGAUUGGGGCCAUCAGCUGUUUAGCCUUCCAUCCUUACUGGCCCCACUUGGCGGUCGGCAGCAACGACUACUACAUGUCCAUCUAUUCAGCGGAGAAGAGGCUCAGAUAACACACCAGCAUUCAUCACCCCCCUCCCCAACAAAACCACCACACAUGACUUCUGACCUUGAGCUUCGAGCUCUGGGAUGUAUAUGAUGUUUUUGUUGUACAUAUGCAAUUACCUCCCUGAAUGUUCUAGUGAUGGCUGCUGACAAAAACUCAUGCUACGAACGACGAUAUAUAUAUAUAUAUAUUAUUAUUAUCCUCAUUGUUUAUUCAUAUUCUUAUUAUGAAGCUAAUGAUUGUAGACUUGGCUGUGCUGAGGAGUGUGUAUAUUUAAAUAGCGUAUACAGAAGAAUAGAGGUUCUAUUUUAAAGAAGUGGUACCCACCGAUCACUGGGGCUCCUCCUCGCGACUCAGCAUCACUACCUGAGUGGACCGUGACUCCAGCGAACCUAGAAGUGGCAAGACGAGGAGUGAGUCGCCCGAAGGACAACACACACUGUUGAAACACAGUCACUGGUCCAGACAACACGGGCUCGCCCUCCGCUGGACCCCGUUGUGUGAAUUCAUUUUAAUGGCCGUCUUGCAGCCGAAGGACAGAGUUUCACGACUUUGCUGCAACUCUAGCAAGACGUGUGGAGGGAUGGACCCAGAUGGACUGGAGUGCGUGCGCUAAAACGGAUUAUAGCACAGAUGUGCCCCACAUUGGGCCUUCAUAGUCUUGGACAUGAUACCCAAAAACGAUGCCUGCUGCCAUGCUAGAACUCUCCUUCCUUCAUCCCUCCCCAGCGUGCUAAACAUAAUCAUAUAUUUUUCUUGCAGGCCCCUUUGUUGUGGCUCAAAUGGCUGAUUCUGUUUUUUAACUUACCUCCUGUAAAAAGGGAAAAACCUCUAUUGCCCCUUGGAUGAUACACACCCUUCUAUCUAGCACAGUGAGAGUAGGGCUGGAUUGGUCCUGCAGUACCUGCCUACCUGCCCUGCAAAGCAAUAAAAGCCUCCCAUGAUUCAGCCUCAAGCCCCUCCCCGACGUUUGAAGGCAAUAGCAGCAUGGCAUCAAUAGCUUGAGACAGUUGGACCUGCAGCACCCAAAGGUGCCCUAGUAUAGCAAUACAAAUACCCCUUUUCAGUUCAUAGUAGUGUAAUGCCUUCUUUCUCUAUAGAAGGAUGCAUUUUUACCCCUGCCAUUUAAGCCAGAGACAGGAAAGAUAUCAAUUAAUUUGGUUUCCCUGUGAUUGUCUAAACUCUCUGCUAAUGAAUACGUCCAAAUCUUCUCCAAGUGAAGUCAACAAAUGACAGAAGCCCUGCAAAGACUUAUUGACCUUCUUCAAAAUGCAGUUUCUUUUUUCUUCUUCUUCUUUUUUCCUUCUUGUGUGCCAAUCUGUGUUUUUCUGCUUUCUGGAAAACAUGAAUAGAAGUCGACCCCAGUUGCUUACCACACUUGAGUGAGGGGCAGUCAAGAUACCCUUCGAGCACACAGCUCUGUAGGUUUAGAGAACUUUUAGGUGAUGUGACUCAUCACAUAUCAUCAGCCGCCUCACUAUUUGGACCAUUUUUCACUUUCACGGACAAACCUUCUGCAAGGUUGCUUUAAUUUCUUCUGUCCUUGAGCUUUAUUUAGAUUUUAUAGCCAGACAUGUUUGGUUUGAUUUUGUUUAACGAAGAUAAAGCGAGUUAAAGUAAUGUACCUCCUCAUGCUCACUGUGUUAAGUUUUAGUCAGCGUCCUAAAUCUCGCUCAGGUACCUCACGAGCCUCCUCAAACCAAGGUCAAGCAACUGCCAGCCUCCCCAGUGUCUGCAGCAUGAUGGACAGGUGUGGUCAGUCACACGACCUGGUGCAGUGUUACUUCAGAGAUUAUGGACGUCAUUGACGUAAAUGUCAUUGUGGUGCUGUUUUGGUAAAGGCGCCUCUCUCGUGAGAAGAGGGCCUCUAUUGGGUUUUUCUCUUUGUUUUUUUGUUUGUUUGUUUUUUUUUUGUGCAGUAUCACCAUGGACGUGCCUCCUCUCCGGGGCUGCAGCUUUGCUUAUUUAGCUUUUUAAACUUUUUUUUCUGCUCCUGCUUUUUAAUUUGAUGUUUUUAAUUCUGUUGGCAUUUUUUUUUUUGCCUUAGCCUUGGUGAGGUGGGGAGAAAAAAGGGGGGAGGGGGGGGGGACACAGCCUUACCCUCACACACACACACACACACACACACACACACAUUCACUACACCAUACCCUCUUCAUUACCAACGUACCCCAGCAGCAGCCCCCUUCUUUCUUUCCUGCCACACCCACCUCACCCCUCUGCAUCAGUUGUCCUUAGUGUUGCAUUUCCCUGCUGAAAGUAAUGAACUUGUGGACUGGAAGUCAACCAGGAACACACACCACACAGUCUGUAUAAGCGGCUGCCGACGCAGUCACCACAUUAGUUCCCAUCAUCACCCGUCACUGAGCUCUGUGGUUCAGCAGGCCUCACCUGCGUCACUGGCUCAGCCCUCAUCGUGCAUUCUUGCGUGGGGCUACUUCCUACAGAAUCACAUUCAUCUCCAAGUAUCCUGCUUUGAGUUUUAAGAUUUUAGAUCAGAAGAAAAAGAAGAGACUUUAACAAAGUAGUAAGAAAGGAAAAAUGAAAACAAUCAGGUUUGUCUCUGUGACUUAAAGACUGCUUUGCUGACUGUGGUUUAUAAGACAGGAGAUGAAAUCAAUGAAAUAAACCAAAUACAACACCGGA